AUGCAGCCGUCCUCAUCAAUAUACAGCCCAUCAUGCAGCCGUCCUCAUCAACAUACAGCUCAUCAUGCAGCCGUCCUCAUCAACAUACAGCCGUCCUCAUCAACAUACAGCCGUCCUCAUCAAUAUACAGCCCAUCAUGCAGCCGUCCUCAUUAACAUACAGCUCAUCAUGCAGCCGUCCUCAUCAACAUACAGCCCAUCAUACAGCCGUCCUCAUCAACAUACAGCUCAUCAUGCAGCCCGUCCUCAUCAACAUACAGCUCAUCAUGCAGCCGUCCUCAUCAACAUACAGCCCAUCAUACAGCCGUCCUCAUCAACAUACAGCCCAUCAUACAGCCGUCCUCAUCAACAUACAGCCCAUCAUGCAGCCGUCCUCAUCAACAUACAGCUCAUCAUGCAGCCGUCCUCAUCAACAUACAGCCCAUCAUACAGCCGUCCUCAUCAACAUACAGCCCAUCAUACAGCCGUCCUCAUCAACAUACAGCCCAUCAUGGAGCCAUCCUCAUCAACAUACAGCCCAUCAUGCAGCCGUCCUCAUCAAUAUACAGCCCAUCAUACAGCCGUCCUCAUCAACAUACAGCCCAUCAUGCAGCCGUCCUCAUCAACAUACAGCCCAUCAUACAGCCGUCCUCAUCAACAUACAGCCCAUCAUACAGCCGUCCUCAUCAACAUAUAG